UUCGCCAUUCGCCAUUUACUUACUUCUUGUUUAUAAUUCGGAAAAUAUAAAUAUCUAUUAAAAUUUUCGGGGAAAGUCUUUCAUCAAAAAGUAAUUAUUUUCAUAAAUUAAUUAUCUGGGUAUGUUUUAAAAUUAUAUAUUCGGUUUUAUUACGUAAAUAAUGGAAUCGGAAGAAUCGACGCCUGGCAUAUCUGGUUCUGCAUCAGAUUCAUCAAAUGACUGUGAAGAUUACCGGAACUCUUCGGGAACACCAAAUAGAUUUGUAUUUGAUUCAAAUAAUGAUGCAAAACAACAAUCAGAAUCGGCGAAAAAUUCACCAAAUUCUACUCCAAACACAGAACAUGACGAUACCCGUUCCAAUUCGCAAAGAUCGCGUUCUUCAACACCUUUAUCAUCAAGUGAAAAUGGUGAUGAUCAAAUGGAUGAAGAACCCAAAUUUGAUCACCAGCGCUCUCAAAGCGUUAACAGUGCUGCUUCAAAUGUACUGAGUGGGGAUGGGGAUGUUUCUGGUGUAAGGGAGUAUUCGGCGUCACCCGAUAAUUCGCGAUGUUCCAGUAACUUAAGUCACGAAUCACGCGAAAUUGAAUCAGAAAUGAAAGAAUGCGGUGAUUUUGAAAAAAGUUAUGAAGAAAAAGAAGAUGGGUCGAUUAACAUAAACCAUGAAGAAUUAAGCAAUGUUAGUGAAACAGAAAAUGAUAAGAAGGAAGAAUCUGACAUGCCUAUUCAGAUAAAUUUACAGAAUUGCGAGAUUUCUAAUAAUAGCUCUGUAGAGCAAGAGGCAUAUAAUAAAGAGAAGGAAACAAUCUGUAAAGAAUCUAAUCGCAAAGAAACGAAUAUGGUUGAUUUAAGACAAAAGUUGGAUGCAAAGAAAAAUGUAAUAAAGAAUUCGGAAGUUUGUUUAGAAUCAAGCGAGAAUAUAUGUAAAAUUGAUGAUUUUAAGAUGAAAAACAAAACUGCAGAAAAUAUUGACGAUUUGGCAAAGAAACAUGACGAAGAUGCUUUAGAUUUUGAAGCUGAAGAGGGUGAGUGUCAAGAAAUUAGCAAAGAUAAUAAUGAGGUCGAUGCCAAAACUGAUCAAAAUAAUGCCAAAAUAAACUUACGGAAAGAAAAAGAGGAUGGUGAAGAAUUAGAAGAAGGUGAAGUAAGCGAUGAAGACGAAAAAAGACCAGAAGAAAGCGAACCGAAACCGGUAUGUCGGUUUUACACCAGGGGAGCUUGUACUUGGGGUAUGAGUUGUAGAUUUUUACACCCAGGUGUAACUGAUAAAGGUAACUAUACAAUGUUUGAUAUGAUACGCCCAGUUCCAAUCGCUUCAAACUCAGUUCACUCCAAUAACUAUCCACCUUACAUUGAGUAUCAAGAACGAUCAACACUUUUACACAGACCGCCACAUAUGCAUCAUCCAAACUUUAGUAACCUUCAUACAGAACAUAGAAUGAUGGGAUCAGCACCCCCGGGAGCUAAUCCAAGCAUUGAAAAUAUACCUGCAGUUGAAAGUGCUUGGGAACGAGGUCUACGUACAGCAAAAGAAAUGAUGAGGAAGGCAGACAAGCGUAAAGAACAGUACAUGGAUUUCGAAGAUAAAAAAAUGAAUCUUACUGUAUCAUCGGAUGAAUUAGAAAAGGAAAAUUUUUAUAUGAGGGACAGAGCUUCCCCAGAACCCAAUUCGCUUUACACAUCCCGUACAUCCCCGGCUGUAUAUGGAUAUGAUGCAGGAGUUUACAGCCCACCGCAUAGAAUUCCUUUACGUAUACCGGGUGCAAAUACUUUUGAAGAAGUAGACUCAUAUGGCCGUUCAAGUAGAUAUAGAGAAUUGCCACAACAUAGAAUGCCACAGUAUAAAGAUGAACGGCGUGUACGACCAACAAGAGAAGUUAUAGUUGAAAGAAUAGAACCAUCGGGACGGGGAAAUGAAUGGAGUGAUCCAUGGAUGCGAUCUAAGACACUUGGUGGACGUGAUAGAGAUAAAAGAUCAUCACUUCGUCGUGAAAGAAGUUAUAGCAGCAAUUCGUCCUACUCUAGUUCCAGUAGCUCAAGAUCUGCUUCUUCUUCUGAUACAAGUAGAUCAUUAUCUGUUAAUACUCGUCGUCGACGUUAUGAUAGUAGUAAACAUAAUUCUUACAAAUCUCCAGGAAGGCAUAUUAAAACUAAAAUAAGAACACCUAGCCCAUCUUUAAAACGCCGCCGAUCAUCAAGUUCAUCUGAUUCAAGUGGUUCGGAAAGUGAUUCCUCUUAUUCAUCAAGUUCUUCAAGCUCAUCGCGUGGAAAAACCCCAAUUAAAAAAUCUUCAGGUAGAGUUUCGGAAAAAAUUGUGGCAGAGAAAAAACUAACAAAAAAAAGUGAAAUGUCCAAAAAACGUUCACCAAUAUCCAUCGAAUUAAAGAAAACUUCAAAUUUGGGUGCAUCAAGUUUAUCUGCUGCUAUGGACCGUGAUAAUUCAAAUUCGAAUUCAUCUUCAAUGGCAAAUUCUACAAAAAAAAUCACUAGAAGAGAAGAACUAUUAAAACAACUAAGAGCUGUAGAAGAUGCAAUAGCAAGAAAAAAGUCGAAACUAAGCUAAACUAGUACAAACCAGCAUUAAAAUUAAAAUGUGUAUUAAGAAUGGCAAAGCUUAAAUUUAUUUUGAAUAAAUUUUUUUUUUUAAAUGAAUCACAGUAUCAAAAAUUUUUACUUUUUUCCGAUUUCAAUUUUGAUUAUUAGUAAUGAAUAUGGAUUGGAUUUUAUACUUAUUAUGUAAUCAAGUAAAUAUUCCUUUAAUAAAUAUUAAAAAUUUCCACCCAAUUGCUAUAAAAUUGUAUUUUUCAAGGAUUUAAAAUAAUUAUUUUGUUAUUACAGAGAAUACUAAGUAUUAGAUGAAGAUAAAUUAUUAAUUUCUAUAAAAAUUUGGAUUAUAUUCAAUGUAUCUGAUAUUAAGUAUUCUUCAUUAAUAUUAUAACAUUUUUUUUUUAGUUGUAAUUGUUUUGUUGGGUGGACUCAACAGAAAAUCUUCAAUUUAUGAUGUGGUAACUGCUCUUUCAUUUUCUUUUUCAUAGACAAACGUUUAUUUUAUCUAACGCAGUUCAGUUUGUGGAUAUGAAUAUAUAUUUAUUAUUGAGGAGAAAUAUACCUAAAAAGCACAUUUGAAAUUUGUACCAUUAUAUGUAUAUUGGCAACGAUAUUUUAAUCAACUUUUGUUGUAUGAAUAUUGUAUUGUAUGCGACAUAGAAUUUUCCUUAUAAAUGUACGUACAUAAGAUAUGUAUAUUUUAAAACCCUACUAUUGAAAAUUUGUAUAUUAUGAGCUCGAUUAUGAUGUUAUUGUAAAAUAAUAUCGUAUAGCGGUUCAUAUAAUUUUACUGCCUUCAAAGUUAUAUCAAUUGCAAAAAUGGCAUAACUAUAUUGGAUCGAUGAAUCCAAUAUUAUCAAAAAAAUAUUAGUCAAACAUCGAUCAAGUAUUUGUAUGUAUGUAUGUAGUUGAUAGAAAUUUAAUUUUGUUUUUUAGAUUUUCUUUAGAAAUUUGAAUUAUUUUUGUAAUAAAAAUUUAAGUAUCUGAUUAAUACAUAUUGAAUAAAAGUAUUUUACUUUA